AUGGCAUCCUCUGUAUCCUCCACUGAUCCUCAGGCCCACCGACAAGCCCAAGAAGAAGACCCCGACUCCCUCGUCCCCUCCACCCCGCCUCCCCUUCUUCCCACCUAUAAGUCCGCCUUCCUCCAAUCCUGUCUCUCCGCCUCCGUGCUCACGUUCGGGACCUACAAGCUCAAGUCUGGCCGACUAUCCCCCUAUUUCUUCAAUGCGGGACUCUUCCACACUGGGGGGCUCGUCCACUCCAUCAGUACCGCCUACGCACAUGCAUUACUGACGCACGUCACUCAAAACCCAACUUUCAAAUUCGAUAUCUUGUUCGGACCAGCGUACAAGGGCAUACCGUUGGCAACUGCCACGGUGGACAAGUUGGCUCAACUCGAUAAGGGAAGGUUUGGGCAUGUGAGCUAUUCAUUCAACAGAAAAGAGUUGAAGGACCACGGAGAAGGGGGCGUGAUCGUGGGAGCUCCUUUACGGAACAAGGACGUUGUGAUUAUUGAUGAUGUUAUUACUGCGGGGACUGCGAUGAGGGAGGCAAUUGAGAUUAUCAGGGCACAAGGGGGGACGCUUGUUGGCGUCAUUGUGGCACUCGAUCGGAAGGAGAGGAUGAGCGAUGAUAGUAGUGGGAGCGCUAUUGGAGAGGUCAGGAGAAAGUUUGACGUGCCGGUCUUGAGUAUCAUUGAUCUAGAUGAUCUGAUCGGAGUGCUAGGGGGUUUAGGGGAUGAAGAGGAUAUGGAGAGAUUGAGAGAUUACAAAGGGAGGUACGGGGCCAGUGACUGA